AUGUCCAGUGAUCAAUCUGAACAAUUGUUUACAAGAGAACAAGUCGAACAAAUCAUUGAGGAAAUAUCAAGGAAGCUCAAUCUUGACAGAUCAAUUGAAGGCCCUACAAACCUUUCAAACGAAAUCUUGGAAGAACUGGAGAACAGCUCGUCUGUCAAUUUGCAGAAGAACAUCAAAGAAUUUGUUAAGAACCUUCCAAAGUACGAAGGUAGUGAAUGGACCAACAGCGAGAUUUUCAACAAAGAGUUCCACAGAGAACUUAAAAGGAAAACGGUGGAUGCCCUCCAAAGCACAAACGCAGUAUACAAGGGAGCUGAUCGACUCAUCAUCGCAGGAAGAGCAGCAACAGACCUUUACGAAGGAUGCCAACAAUUCCUGGAAUCAGGAGGAAGUGAAGAGCAAUUCUUUCUCAUUAUGGAAGGCAUCCGACAACUUGCAGUUUACUCAUACGCCACGAGUAAGGCCAUCAAAAGUGAAGCUAAGACAAUGGCGAUCAAGGCGCUCAGGCUCCCCGAUAGCGUUAAACACUUGGAAGAAGAGCCUAGUGACAAGAAAUGCAGUGGGACGACAACAACAAUAACAGAGGAUUUGGACGUGGAACCUUCCACAGGUCUUUUUUUGGACGCAGCAAGGGCCAAAUACACGCGGAGGCCCAAAGCUCCAAUCAACCCCAAUAAUACUGCCAUCAACGCCAGCGUCUUUCCCCACGAUAAUGGCGCAUUACGCCACAUCAAGCGAUGGUAUAUUACCAGGGGGCCGUCUCCAACGUUUCUCAGAGCAAUGGAAACGGGCAACACUUCAUUCAUGGCCUGUGUCAGUAGUAACACAAGGAUAUCAACUUCAGUGGAACCACAAACCUCGACCAUGGAAAUAUACUCGCUUGCUGACAAAUUGAAUGUCGUAUAUGAAGCACGAAAGCACUGUUAG